AAACCCACAUCCUUUUGGAUAUCUUUAACCACUAAGCCACAGCACCCAGGUUCCGCAGGCAGCAGAGUGAGGUGGAGGAGGGGGGUGGAGUGACGUAUCUCUGCUCUCUCUGAGGAUCCCUGUGUAUGUUUUUGCAUCGCGCUCCUGUUUUGCAUCUACAUCAGUUUUUCCGAGUAACUCCUGCUCAUCGCCUGUAAGUAACGACAGGGAAAGUGAAAGUGUCUCCCGUAGUAUGAAGGUAAAGCACAGCUGCAUCAGAUCGCGACAGUGAGGAUCUCGCUCGUUAGUUAUCGAUUCUUCCCGUUCCUCUUCAUCGAUUAUUGUGACCGGGAUCAUGUCAGAAGUGCUGCCUUACGAAGAGAACAUCUCUCAUUAUGGCGAUGAUGGAGAUGAAGAGCAGAUAUCCCUCACCUGUCGUCUGCAGAACAACAGCAGUAACUUCUUCAGUUCUGGGCAGAACAAACGAGCUCCGAAACUCGGGCAGAUCGGACGCAGCAAGAGAGUUGUCAUAGAAGAUGACAGAAUUGAUGAAGUCCUGAACAACACAGCAGAAAAGUCAUCGGCGGGAGUGUAACGCACAAGGACGUUGUUAAAACUGCAGAAAAUCGUGGGUUCUGUGCAUUCUGCAUCGAAAGCACUUUGCAGUCCCUCUCAGUAUGGGUUGAAUUACACGCUGCGACAGCAGGCGAGGAGAACGUCCUGCUGCGGGCAUCCAAACGGAGGAAGCGGGGGUCUGUCUGCUUUCUCUCUUUAAGGGCAUGUUUCAUAUCCCUUCUUAUAAAGUGACAUCCUACACUGGACACACAAGUCCUACGUUGUUUAAUACAUGUGGAGUUGGUCUGUAGUGGUCCAGAUUCAGUUUAUAUUGUGAGAGGAAUGCAUUGAUGUCACAAGCACAAAUCUGUCAACUUUUGUCCUUUAUUUUGCUGAGACUGAGCACUUCAUUUCUACAUACCUUUUUGUGCACAGUGAAAGUGUUUUUCACUUGAAAUAUCUUAAUUAUGAUCUCUUGGAUACAUUUAUUGUUCUUUUGCCGAGACGACAGAAUAAGCAAAUGUGUUUUUUUUAUGGGAUGAGAAAGGAAAGGCUACUUUUUUAAAUCACUCAUGUUGCAUAUUGUAAUAUUUUGAUGUGGCUGCAAACUGCCUGCUUAGUCCGAGUUCAAAAGCUUAUUUUUAUAUCAAAGAGCUAUUUCUGAGAAAGAAAAAAAGGCUUAUUUGAGUUGUGACAAACGUGGUUGUCACAACUCUCAGAUAAAUGGAUUUUGAUCACUUCUGUGCCAAGAUUUAGCAAAAUAUGCCAGUUGACUUGUGUUUCUGUUCACUCGAGUAAUGUGAAGUUUUCCAGGCCUGCCUCUCAUUUAUGGUUCAGGGCUUUUUUUAACUGCCUUUUUUUUCUUUUUCUUUUUUGCAUGAGACAGGCACAAACGCCUCUUUCUGUGGCAGUGAAUUAUUAAUAUAUUUACAGUGAUGUUGCUCUGAAUGACAAACCUCAGACUCUUGAAUAUUGUGUAUGUUGCACUUCUCUAUACUGUUAAACAGGGCUAUAUUUGCAAUGAAAUGUAUCACCAAUAAAAUGUGAUUAUAUAACAGAA